AAGCUUAAACCUUAAUACCUUCAUUUUGGGGUCCACGUCAAAAGGGAGGACCACCAAAUCUGGACGAGAUUCUUUUGGCUAACGGAUUGAUUCAUCCAAAGAUUUGCCAGCUCAUGAAGGAGGAGCGGAUUGAACCUCGUAUUGAACUCUAUAAAAGGGAGCGCUCAUUCAUUGAAAGGCCUCUCCCUUCUGGCACCGUCACCCUGCUGAAAUCACAUCCCAACCUACACACCAAAGCUCAAUCAACCUGGACGAAAUCGCAGUUCAUUAGAAAAAGCGCUUUGACGAGUAGAGGGUGAAGAUUUGAAGAAGAAGGGGAGAAGAAGUCGAGGACUUGGAGCUAAAGAGUAAGAGUCGCAAUCCUUUACCUGAGUUUUAAGAGUGCGCAAGUUGUGAUGAAAUCCAACGGCAAUCUAUUAUUCCUUCCCGAAGAACUCAUCUUACAAGUUCUGUCAUACCUUCCGGUUAGAUCUUUGACGCAACUGAGAUGCGUGACCAAAGCAUGGAACGCCAUCAUCUCCGAUCCAAAAUUUAUCAAACUGCAUCUUCAACGUUCAAAAAAAAAAAAGAAUCUCACACAAAUCUUAGGCGUGUCUCAGGAAUCUGUUAUCCAACCCUAUCCCCUCAAUACUUUACUAAACAAUCCUUCCAUGAUAAAGUACACCAAACAAUACAUCUCAGCCAGCGUCGACAAUUGCUACGAAUUCAUUGGUUCCUGCAAUGGAUUGAUAUGUUUCAGUGUUAUUUCUUCAACAGAUCUUCAAUACACCUGGUUUCAAUUAUGGAACCCAGCCGCCCACACAUUUUCUGUCUACUUUGGACAUCACUCCAAUCCUCACCAAAAUGCAUAUGACUAUCGCAGGUCUUCCCGCUUUUCAUUUGGUUAUGAUAAUUCAACCGAUACUUAUAAGAUUCUAUCUUUGAGUCCCAACAAAGUCGAAAUAUUUAGUGUAGGGGGUAAUGCUUGGAAAAUUAUUCAACUUCUUCAUGUGGUUCCUUUAGACCAUUGGCAACGUGCUCCAAGAAAACGUCGGCUUUUCAAUGAAGAUUUGUAUUUGAAUGACACUAUAAACUUCUUGGCUCGAGAUAUUGCCGAGCAUAUCGUGAUUAUCUCGAUGAAUCUCGGUACAGAGGCAUAUCGCGAGUUGCUUCCACCUCAAGAUUUUGUGGAAGUUCCACUUCAUUUGCCAACUAUUUAUGUUUUGGGGGACUGUCUUUGUUUUUGUCACCAUACUCAGAAAACUCAUUUUAUUAUAUGGAAGAUGAAGGAAUUUGGAAUUGAGAAGUCAUGGACUCAAUUACUAAAAAUAAGCUAUCAGGAUUUGGAUAUUCGUAUUAAAUAUAAAUAUUUUCUGGCCCCAGUAUGCCUUUAUGAGGAUGGCAUCGCACUAGUACUAGCUAGUCGUCGGCGUGGAUUGGAAGUGAUUCUAUAUAAUUGGAGUGAUAAUACAAUAGAAAAAACUAGAUUGAGCAACUUCGAGUGGAUGUAUCCACAUAAUUAUGUUGAAAGCUUGGUUUCCCCGGAUUGA